CGCACACUUGCUUAGUGUCACCGGAAUUCAGCAAAACUGAGAAUAGAAGCCAUUUCCAAAUGGCUUCAACGUCAUCCCUCACUCCUCCAAAAGUACCGAUGGAGCUCCACGUCACCAACAGAGAAAAGCUGCUUAAAUCCCUCCGUCAACACCUCACUGAAACCUCUCGUCCCCUCCAUGGAUUCGUUCUUCUUCAGGGAGGUGAAGAACAAACUCGCCAUUGUACUGAUCAUCUCGAACUAUUCAGGCAGGAGAGUUAUUUCGCUUAUCUUUUUGGAGUUAAGGAGCCUGGUUUCUAUGGAGCAAUCGAUGUUGCAACAGGGAAGUCUAUUCUCUUUGCUCCAAGGUUACUUGCUGACUACGCGGUUUGGUUGGGAGAAAUAAAGCCCUUGUCUUACUUUCAGGAAAGUUACGUGGUCAACAUGGUUUAUUAUACAGAUGAAAUUGUGCAAUGUUUGCAUGAAGUAAGCAAGGGAGUUGCGAAACCUCUAUUGUUUCUCUUGCAUGGUCUUAAUACUGACAGCAAUAACUUCUCAAAACCAGCAGAAUUUGAGGGAAUAGAAAAAUUUGAGACAGAUUUAAUGACAUUACAUCCUAUUUUGACUGAAUGUCGUGUUUUGAAGUCAGAGCUGGAGCUUGCAAUCAUUCAGUUUGCCAAUGAUAUAAGUUCUGAAGCUCAUAUUGAGGUUAUGAGAAGAACUCAGGCGGGCAUGAAAGAGUAUCAGUUAGAAAGCAUAUUUCUUCACCACACCUAUAUGUAUGGUGGCUGUAGGCACUGCUCAUACACAUGUAUUUGUGCUACUGGAGAAAAUAGUUCCGUUCUCCAUUAUGGGCAUGCAGCAGCUGCAAAUGAUAGGACUUUGCAAUAUGGAGACAUGGCAUUGUUUGAUAUGGGAGCUGAAUAUAGUUUUUAUGGGUCUGAUAUAACUUGUUCAUUCCCUGUGAAUGGGAGGUUUACUAGUGAUCAGUCCCUUGUAUACAAUGCCGUUCUUGAUGCUCACAAUGCUGUCAUAUCUGCCAUGAGGCCUGGAAUUAGCUGGUUAGAUAUGCACAAAUUAGCAGAGAGAACAAUUAUUGAGUCCUUGAAGAGAGGGCUCAUUCUUGUCGGCGAUGUAGAUGAUAUGAUGACUGAGCGAUUGGGUGCUGUGUUCAUGCCUCAUGGUCUGGGGCAUUUCCUAGGCAUCGACACUCAUGAUCCUGGUGGCUACCUAAAGGGGCCCAAGAGAUCGAAGGAACCUGGAUUGAGAUCUUUGCGUACUGCUCGAGAACUUCAGGAAGGAAUGGUGAUUACGGUGGAGCCUGGCUGCUAUUUCAUAGAUGCUGUCUUGGCUCCAGCCAAGGAAGCUUCAAGUACUUCUAAGUUUUUCAAUAGUGAAGCAAUUGGCAGAUUUAAAGGUUUUGGUGGAGUUCGAAUUGAAAGCGAUGUGCAUGUCACUUCCAAUGGUUGCAACAACAUGACUAAGUGUCCUCGGGAGAUUUGGGAAAUUGAAGCAGUGAUGGCUGGAGCACCAUGGCCGCUUAACAAGGUCUCAGCAAGUAGUUAAGAGAUCAAGGUUAAUAAUGGACCACCUUGUUGAUAAUAGUUAACCAUGGUCAGGAAACUGCUUUCAACUGCAAUGUUUUUGUUCGAAUUAUACUUGCCAUGAGUCUACUUCCAACACAACUCCAGAGUGAAGUAUAAACCCAAUGCUUAAUAAAUGUCUAAACCAUAUUGCUCAA